AGUUGAAGUAUGAAGCAGGAGACGAAGCAUGAAGGUGUGGACGUUAGACGCAGCAUUGCAGCGGUGCCAAUGGCCGAGGCACUUCAGAGAGAUUCUCUCACAAACGAUCCUCACCGGCCUCAUCUCAGACCCCUACGCCGCAAGCAGACUCAUAAACUUCUCUACUCGCUCUGCUCUCGUUCCCUUCGACUAUUCCCUCCGAAUCUUCAACCAUCUUCACAACCCCAACCCCUUCACAUGGAACACCAUCAUGCGCGCCCACUUCGAACUCCAAAACAACCCUCACCAAGCCAUCACACUCUACAAGCUCUUCCUUGCGAAACACGCAAAACCCGAUAACUAUACCUACCCAAUUCCUCUUCAAUGUUGCGCUGCCCGGGUGUCCGACUUCGAGGGAAGGGAGCUGCACGCACAUGUCGUGAGGUUUGGUUUUCAUCAAGAUGUGUACGUCCGGAACACGCUGAUCAACUUGUAUGCUAUAUGUGGGAGGAUGUCCAGUGCGCGCCAGGUGUUUGAGGAAAGUCCUGUCUGGGAUUUGGUAUCUUGGAAUACUGUUUUGGCGGGGUAUGUUCAGGCGGGAAAUGUGAAAGAGGCGGAACGUGUGUAUAGGGGAAUGCCGGAGAGGAACACCAUUGCUUCGAAUUCCAUGAUUGUGCUCUUUGGAAGGAAGGGGUGUGUGGAGAAGGCGCGGCGGAUUUUUGAUGAGGUUCGAUGGAGGGAUAUGGACAUGGUGUCGUGGAGUGCGAUGGUUUCUUGUUAUGAGCAGAAUGAGAUGUGUGAGGAGGCGUUGGUUUUGUUUGUGGAGAUGAAGGCCAGUGGGGUGACAGUGGAUGAGAUCGUUGUGGUUAGUGUUGUAUCCGCGUGUUCGCGAAUUUUGAAUGCUGAGAUGGGGAGGUUGGUGCAUGGUUUGGCGGCGAAAGUUGGGGUUGAGGAUUAUGUUAGUCUUAAGAAUGCUUUGAUUCAUUUGUACUCUAGUUGUGGGGAGAUAGUGGAUGCGCAAAGAAUUUUUGAUGAUGGUGGUGUUCUCUUGGAUCAAAUAUCUUUGAACUCGAUGAUUUCUGGGUACUUGAGGUGUGGUUCGAUUGAAGAUGCUGAGAAGUUGUUUUAUUCCAUGCCGGAGAAGGACGUUGUGUCUUGGAGUGCCAUGAUAUCUGGUUAUGCUCAACAUGAAUGUUUUUCAGAGGCUUUGGCAUUGUUCCAAGAAAUGCAGCUUCAUGGAGUCAAGCCCGACGAAACUGCUUUAGUUAGUGCCAUCUCGGCUUGCACCCAUCUGGCUGCUUUGGACAUAGGGAAAUGGAUUCAUGCUUAUAUAAAUAUAAAUAAAUUACAGGUUAAUACUAUUCUGAGCACGACUCUUAUAGACAUGUAUGUGAAAUGCGGGUGUGUGGAAAAUGCAUUGGAGGUUUUCUACGCGAUGGAGGAAAAGGGGGUUUCUACCUGGAAUGCAAUCAUUCUUGGGUUGGCAAUGAAUGGUUUGGUAGAACAGUCACUCCGCAUGUUUGCAGAUAUGAAAAAAACGAAGACACUUCCUAAUGAGAUAACCUUUAUGGGAGUUCUUGGGGCCUGUCGGCACAUGGGCCUAGUCAAUGAGGGGCGUCACUACUUUAGUUCCAUGAUCCACGAACACAAAAUAGAGCCUAAUAUUAAGCACUACGGAUGCAUGGUUGAUCUUUUUGGACGGGCAGGUUUGCUUAAAGAAGCGGCGGAGCUGAUUGAGCGUAUGCCAAUGGCACCUGAUGUUGCCACUUGGGGUGCCUUGCUCGGGGCUUGUAGAAAACACCAUGACAAUGAAAUGGGAGAGAGGGUGGGAAGAAAACUUAUUCAGCUUCAGCCUAACCAUGAUGGUUUCCAUGUAUUAUUGUCAAAUAUAUAUGCUUUAAAAGGAAACUGGAGCAAUGUUCUUGAAAUUCGGGGAAUUAUGGCACAACAUGGGGUGGUAAAGACACCUGGUUGUAGCAUGAUUGAAGCAAAUGGGAUAGUUCAUGAAUUUUUGGCUGGAGAUAAGACCCACCCACAAAUAAGUGAUAUUGAGCACAUGUUAGAUGAAGUGUCAGCAAAGUUAAAGAUUGAGGGUUAUGUACCAACCACAAGUGAGAUUUCACUAGACAUAGACGAUGAAGAGAAGGAAACUGCACUUUUCAGGCACAGUGAGAAACUUGCAGUCGCCUUUGGACUUAUCACUAUUGCUCCACCAACUCCAAUUAGAGUUAUGAAGAACUUGCGAAUUUGUAAUGAUUGCCACGCUGUUGUAAAGUUAAUCUCCAAAGCAUUUGAUCGCGAAAUUGUGGUAAGGGAUCGUCAUCGCUUUCACCACUUUAAGCGUGGAUCUUGUUCCUGCAUGGAUUUUUGGUAACAAAACCGUAGUGGCUAUUAAGUGAAUGAGUAUUUUACGUGUAAGGAACAUGUACUCAAUUUUUUCAUUGUUGACUCAAAUAUCAAAGCAUGUGGAAUUUAAGAUUUUCACGAUUUGGUUUGCCUUGCUAUGAAAUCAAAUUUUGUUCAUUUUUGUGAUCUUGUUGGCAAAGAAUGACAGGUAGAGAAUACCUUACAAUCCAGGAUAAUAUCACUCCAAGAUUCUGAAGAGAAAUGAUACUUCUGCCAAUGUUAAUUGAGUUUGCAUUCAGCGGUUGGCCUCUGGGAAAGUUUGCAAAAAUCCAAAAAAUCUCGAUCAAUCUCCAUUGUCUUUGGUUCAGUGACUAUUCCUGAGCAAUUGAGUUUAUAGUGGAACUCAUCUAUUGUACUUGUUUUUUGAAGCAAGCUCUUUCCUUAGGCUUGUAAUAGGUUUCUUGGACUAAUGGAAUAGGUUUUCCGGGUGAGUGAUGGAGACCUUCUUGGACCAAUGAGGGUGGGUCUGACCCUUUGAACAGGUUCCUUGGUUGAUAAACUAGCACACGGAUUAGGCAUGACUAGGAAAGGAGCAAGGAUGGCUUCUCGGAUUAGUUCUUGGUUUUCUUUUGGUUCAAGAGGGCCUCGACAAAAGGGUGGUAUUCUUGGAGUCUGAUGAAGGUUUGGAGGUAUUUGAACAAGGUAACUGAGGUUUUCAGGUGGUGGGGUGGUUUCUAUAAAGGUUGGUGGUGGUUCUUGGCAGCCAAGGUGGGAAGUUUACCCAAUCCUAGAUCAAGAUGGAAGGAGGAAACCGAAAGGUGCAAGCUUAUGGGGGCAGAACUGUUAUUUGUGUUGAACUCAUUUAUUUACGCCACAAGAAAAUAUACAUGGUUGUACAUGUUUGUCUAAAAUCUAAAAGAAUAUGUAGUACGAGAGUAUUAUUGCGCAAAUAAAUACUACUUUCUUUUGGUGACAUCUAAUGAUCAAUGAAAAAUGCAAAAUAAAUGUUUCACUAGAUGAAAAUAAACAAAGAUUAAACAACAAUUUUGUGGACAGGCUGAUGAGUCUCGGUUUGAUGCAUCUCUUUAUGUUACCUUUUGUCUUUAAUUUCUCAGAUUUAGUUUCGUUCCCUUAAUUCUUAGUUUUUCUUAAAAUGAGUUAAAUAAGUGUUUGUAGAUAGGAGUUUUAGUUUAGUUUCUAAAUUGGUAGACUUCUAGUCUUUGUAAGUAAUAUAGUGUAGCUUUCAGUUUAGCUUAGCUUCAAUUUUAAUUGCAAUUGUAGAAUUCAGUUCUGUGGUUAGUAGAAUUUAGUUUUGAUAGCCUUUCAUCAUUUUUCAGCUUGGUGAUUUUAGUGUUUGAACUCACUGGUUUUAGAUAGUUAGUUUCUGAAUUAAUAGAUUUCUGUAGUCUUAUAAAUAGUAAAAGUUAGAUUUGAUUCUUAAUCUUUAAUGUAGAUUUUAGUUUGUGUUUUUUUUAGUCAAUAUGAGUAUUUCAAGCCAGCUUUUACUUCUAUUUUUUACGUAGAAUUCAAUUGUUUAAAUUGAGAUUUUAGGUGCUGAUAAUUGAAGGUGCAGUACAUUUGAGACGAUAUGUCCAGCUGGUGGUUUUGAUUCUGUGAAAGUAUGUACAGUGAGCAGUCUUCCGGUGAUGUAAGUUGUUGAAGAAAGUGUGCUGAACCUGACCAGCUGUAUUUGAAUGUGCUCACAUGAGAAGCUUGCCAUGGGAGCUUUAACCUGCUGGAGUUUGGACUUGUUAGAGAAACGUGUUGGCAGAGGUAAUUUUGAAGCAGAGAAGCUAACCAAGACUUGCAACCUGCUGAUCCUGAAGUGAUGACCUUCUACCAGCUGUCAAGAACUCCAAUAGACAGAUUAUGCACUUUGAAGAAACCUGUGCCAGCCAGUAGCUUUUGAGGAGAGCUGCUCUAGUUACUUGCUACUUAGGUGAUUUGUACUGUUCUAGUUACUUGUAUAGUUAGACUAGGCUAGGCUAGGCUAGGUAGUUUGUACAUAAUUUUUACUUGCUAUUGGCAGUUCCUAUGACCAGUUCUAGGCUGUUUUCCAGUUUUAUAGGCUUGGACUUCUAGAAGCAUAUACAAGGCUUGGAUCUUAAACUUGAAAGAGGGACGAAUCAUAUUUUUAGAUUUCUCAGUUUUUAGAAUAGUUUUCUCUGGAGAUUUCUGGUUGUCUAAGACUCCAAAAUGAGCUAGACACCAAAGGGCUUCGGUGAUUGUACUGUUCGCAUCAAGUUUCAUUCAAUUCAAGUUAAUUUUGCUUUUAA